GGUCGGCCAUCUGCUUUAGCCACAGCCAGAGCCACGUCAUAUUUGUGUGCCGCUGUCGAGCGAGCUGUGUGAGCUGGCUCUUUAACUCCCCCCGCGGGUUUUUUUACGUAAAAUCACACCCCCGCGACCGCAGACAUGAAUAUAUUCCGAUUGCUGGGCGAUCUGUCGCACCUUUUAGCCAUUAUUAUACUACUUCUCAAGAUAUGGAAGACGCGGAGCUGCGCCGGUAUCAGCGGUAAAUCGCAGAUCCUCUUCGCGAUUGUGUACACCACCCGUUACCUAGACCUGUUCACCACAUUCAUCUCUGCGUAUAACACGUUCAUGAAAGUCGUAUUCAUCGCCGCGUCCCUCGCCACGGUCUUCUUGAUGUACGUCAAGUUCAAAGCCACGUACGAUCACAAUCACGACACGUUCAGGAUCGAGUUCCUGAUCCUGCCCGCGUUCGUACUGGCGCUAUUGAUCAAUCACGAACUGUCCUUUGUCGAGGUCUUGUGGACGUUCAGCAUUUAUCUCGAGUCGGUGGCGAUAUUGCCGCAGUUGUUCCUGGUGUCGAAAACAGGCGAGGCCGAGAGCAUCACCAGCCACUAUCUCUUCGCGUUGGGAUCGUACAGGGGCCUGUACCUGUUCAACUGGGUCUACCGCUACUACGCCGAGGAUCAUUACGACCUGAUCGCCAUUGUCGCCGGGCUGGUGCAGACGGUUCUCUAUUGUGACUUUUUCUACCUCUACAUUACCAAAGUACUCAAAGGCAAGAAGCUACAACUGCCCGCUUAGCUUCAAUCGUGGGUAUUGUCCUCUUGUAUCAGAGAAACAUUCAACUGCCCCCCCGUGGCGUCGCCAAUUUGAGAUAAAUUCGGGCAGUCCUGGGAGGCUCGUGGUAUACGCACGCGGCAGCGCGCGUUGCUACUAUGUAUGAAAUGUCUGGCAGUGUCCCCCUCUCCAAACACUUCCUUCCUUCCGCCGUCCCUCGUACGAUGCCAUGCGCUGCGUCUCCUUUCCAGGGCGAGAAAGUCUACGUUGCCUUUAUUUCUUUCUUUUCGCGUCACUUCAUCUCGAGCAAUGUAUAUUGUCACAGGAUCAAGGUAGCUGUUUAUUAUCUUCAAAUUCAGUGAGCCAGCAAAUUAGGGAUAAAAAGAAAAAAAAAAGAAACGUAGAGCCAGAAUUUUCAUUUACAUUUAUACAGUUUAUAUCGUUGUAACUAUCAGUAAUAAAUAUAGUUAAUAAUUGAA